AUGGCAAAGUCGAAGCUGAUGAUGCUUUUUGUUUCAUUUUGUUUGUUAUCUGUGUUUAGUGCAUCUGAGGUAGCUCCGCCUGCGGCCAUUUUCAUAUUUGGAGACUCAACUGUGGAUGUUGGCACCAAUACCUUGUUGCUCCAAAGUGGAGCAAGGGCUGAUUUCUCUCCAAAUGGGGUUGAUUUUCCUUAUUCUGUGCCUACUGGGAGGUUCAGCAAUGGCCUUAACAGCGCUGACCAAAUCGUGAAACUAUUUGGACGCCGGAAAAGUCCACCACCUUUCUUGUAUGCCGCGAGUCAUAUGUCCACUUUUAAAAGGAAUAUACUGCAGGGAGUCAACUUUGCUUCAGCAGGAAGUGGCAUCUUCCAAGACACGGGGAUAAAAAGAUGGACAGAAGUUGUGUCACUGGGAAAUCAGAUCCAACAAUUUGCAGCGGUGCGUGGAAAUUUCACAGAGAUAGUUGGUUUCAAAACAACUGAUACCGUGCUUUCCAAGUCUUUGUUCAUCAUCAGUAUCGGAAGCAACGAUCUUUUCGAAUUAGUUGAGUACUUUCCAAAUGCCACGGACUUGUUUAAAGCGGAACACAUGGAACGUCUUCAACUAACGUAUAAGAACCAUUUGAAGAAUUUAUACAAGCUGGGAGCUCGGAAAUUCGGGAUUAUAAGUGUUCCUCCAAUUGGAUGUUGUCCAUAUGCCCGUGUUCAACCAAAUGUCGACCCUAGUGUUUGUGUGAAGGAACUAAACAAGCUUGCUCAAACAUUUUUCAUAGAAACACACGCUCUCCUGCGGAAAUUGAGCUCGGAUUUGAAAGGGAUGAGGUAUUCACUUGGAAAUGCCUAUGAAAUGACCAUGAGUAUCAUUCAAGACCCAUUAGCCUUUGUUUUCAAUUUGCUAGGGUUUAAGGACGUUCAAUCAGCCUGCUGUGGUUACGGGAGGUUAAAUGGAGAAAAAGCAUGCGUUACAAUUUUUGACCCCAACCUUUGUUCGAAUCGUCAGGAGUUCCUAUUCUGGGACUUGUAUCAUCCUACUGAGUUUGCGUCGCAACUAGCAGCACGAACACUUUAUGGUGCAGGAACAAGAUAUAUGACACCCAUGAACUUCAGUCAGUUGGUGGCUAGCUAUUGA